AUGAAAACCAAAUAUUGUGCAAAUAAUGGUAAUAUAACAUCUAUUCAAAGCGAAAGCAACGACCAUGAUGAGACGCAGAAAAGAAUUCGAGUUCUGAGUUAUAAUAUAGAAGGUUUAGUGGAGUCGACAGCAGAGACAAGGACAGAAGAAAUCUGCAACAUCAUUCAUAGAGUGGAUCCUCAUGUUGUUCUGCUACAGGAAGUGAUAAUGGACACUUUAGUGAUCCUGAAAGAGAAAUGUCCAGAAUAUAUAGUAAUUCCAGCUCGGGGAAAUGACUAUUUUGUUGCCAUUAUGUUGAAAAUGGAAGAUCUUGAUUUCCAAAGCUACAGUGUAAUGCCGUUUGAAAACACAAGAAUGGGAAGAAAUUUACUUUUAGCAAGGUGUAGAAUAAAGGGCGUGCAAUUCAUUUUUAUGACGUCACACCUGGAGAGUUUGUUGAAUUGCAGUGAGGAAAGAAAAGACCAGCUGGUAUUCUGCUUUGAAGCGAUGAAGUCUACGCCAAUGGACCAUACAAUAAUAUUUGGUGGAGAUAUGAAUCUUAGAGAUAGGGAGCUCACAGAAUUGGGAGGCGUCCCACAGGGGAUCUGUGACGUUUGGGAGGCCACAGGAUCUCGUCCGGAAUGUCGGUACACCUGGGAUAUGGCAAUCAACACAAACAUUGACUUCGGUCCAAACAAUCCACGUUUUCCGGCCCAGAAAAGAUUUGACAGAAUCUACAUGAGGGAUUCAAAUCCAAGAACUGUUAAUCCAGUGUAUUUUGAAUUCGUUGGGUUAGAAGAGAUUAGUUCUAUCGAGGAAUUUCCAAGUGAUCACUGGGGUUUGCUGACACAUUAUGAUAUUAUUCAAGAUUUUUUUGACUUGCAGAUGUCAACAUAUUCUGAGGCUCAAAGGUAUAUCAACUGA